GGGGAGGAGCCGGCGGGCUCCUGGCCAUGUGGUCAGGGCCGCAGCCGGCGGGUGUGCUCCGCAAUUCUCGGCUUUCUCUCCUCCGGGGCUGGCCCACGCCCUUCCCUCCGCCCUCUUCUCCCGGGCUCUUCCCGCCGCCUCACCCGGCUCGCCCGUCUGCCUUUCCAGUCGGGCCCGGCGGGGGCCGCACGCUUGGCGGCUCAAGCCGUGGGACCGGUGAGUGCCACCUCCAGCCAGGUCCGAAGCCCUUCACGAGCACGAAGGAGCCGGAGAGGCCGCCCACAGUAGUUAUACCCUUCACACCCUUUCCAGAAAUUCUUGGCUUGUAACCGCGAAGCCGACAGGGAGCAAGAGCUAGGAGACUGGAGAAAACUGCUCUAAUGAGUUGAUUCUGGCUGGAAGUGGACCCUGCAUCGUAAUAAACCAACAUUUGCAAAGCGCUCUCAGAGGCUCUUGGGUGAUUUGUCUCAGAGAUUCCUUGAGAACUGAGCCCUUUGCUGGACCCAUGCCCGAGCCUGUGCCCCCAUGACCAGGUGGAUAGCAGCUCCUGGUGCCUGCAACCCAGAACCCUGGCUGACCACAUUGAAGCAGGAUGCUCCAGCAGGUUAAUGGCCACAGUUCAGGCUCUGAUGCCCAAGGCAGGGAAUCCCUCAGAGAAGACCUGCAGGAGUUCCUUGGUGGGGAGGUCCCGCUGCACCAGCUGGAUGACCUCACCAAGGUGAAUCCUGUGACGCUGGAGACAGUCCUGAGGUGUCUGCAGGCCCGGUACACAGCUGACACGUUCUACACCAAUGCUGGCUGCACCCUGGUGGCUCUGAACCCCUUCAAGCCCGUCCCUCAGCUCUACUCGCCAGAGCUGAUGAGAGAGUACCACGCUGCUCCUCAGCCCCAGAAACUGAAGCCCCACAUCUUCACGGUGGGUGAACAGACCUACAGGAAUGUCAGGAGCCUGAUUGAGCCAGUCAACCAGUCUAUUGUCGUCAGUGGAGAGAGCGGUGCUGGGAAGACAUGGACGUCCCGCUGCCUGAUGAAGUUCUAUGCUGUGGUGGCCGCCUCGCCGACAUCCUGGGAGAGCCACAAGAUUGCAGAGAGGAUCGAACAGCGAAUCUUGAACUCCAACCCUGUCAUGGAAGCUUUUGGGAAUGCGUGCACACUGAGGAACAACAACAGUAGCCGCUUUGGGAAGUUCAUCCAACUCCAGCUGAACAGCCUGCUUGUGCCCAGGGACCACCAGAUGACUGGAGCUGCAAUUCAGACCUACCUCCUAGAGAAAACUCGAGUGGCCUGCCAGGACUCCACUGAGAGGAACUUCCACAUCUUCUAUCAGAUCUGCAAAGGAGCCAGUGCGGAUGAGAGGCUCCAGUGGCACCUCCCCGAGGGAGCCGCCUUCUCCUGGCUGCCCAACCCAGAGAGGACCUUGGAAGAGGAUUGUUUCGAAGUGACCAGGGAGGCCAUGCUUCAUUUGGGCAUCGAUGCCCCCACCCAGAACAACAUCUUUCAGGCCCUAGCUGGACUGCUGCACCUCGGCAACAUCCGGUUUGCUGACUCCGGGGAUGAGGCCCAGCCCUGCCGGCCGAUGGAUGAUGGCGCUGUCAGGACAUCGGCCUUGCUGCUGCGGCUCCCAGAAGACCCACUGCUGGAGACACUGCGGAUUCGAACCAUCAGGGCAGGCAGGCAGCAGCAGGUGUUCCGGAAGCCCUGCUCCCAGGCCGAAUGUGACACCCGCAGAGACUGUCUGGCCAAACUAGUCUAUGCACGGCUGUUUGACUGGCUGGUGUCGGUGAUCAACAGCAGCGUCUGUGCAGACCCCGCCUCCUGGACCACUUUUAUAGGCCUGCUGGAUGUUUACGGCUUUGAGUCGUUUCCCCACAACAGCCUGGAACAGUUGUGUAUCAACUACGCCAACGAGAAGCUGCAGCAGCACUUCGUGGCUCACUACCUCAGGGCUCAGCAGGAGGAAUACGCAGUCGAGGGCCUGGAGUGGUCAUUUGUCAACUACCAGGAUAACCAGACCUGUCUGGAUCUCAUCGAGGGGAGCCCCAUCAGCAUCUGCUCCCUCAUAAAUGAGGAGUGCCGCCUCAAUCGGCCAAGCAGCGCAGCUCAGCUCCAGACACGCAUUGAAAGCGCCCUGGCCGGCAGCCCCUGCCUGGGCCACAACAAGCUCAGCCCAGAGCCCAGCUUCAUCGUGCUGCAUUACGCGGGGUCUGUGCGGUACCACACCGCGGGCCUGGUGGAGAAGAACAAGGACCCCAUUCCCCCUGAGCUGACCAGGCUCCUGCAGCAAUCCCAGGACCCCCUGCUCAAGGUGCUGUUUCCUGCCGACCCUGAAGAGAAGUCCCAGGAGGAGCCUUCUGGCCAGAGCAGGGCCCCAGUGUUGACCGUGGUGUCCAAGUUCAAGGCCUCCCUGGAGCAGCUCCUGCAGGUCCUGCAGGCCACCACGCCCCACUACAUUCGCUGCAUCAAGCCCAACAGCCAGGGCCGGGCGCAGGCGCUCCACCGGGAGGAGGUCCUGAACCAGCUGGAGGCCUGUGGCCUCGUGGAGACCAUCCAUAUCAGUGCCGCCGGCUUCCCCAUCCGGGUCUCUCACCGGACCUUCGUGGAGCGGUAUGCGUCGCUGAGAAGGCUCCAUCCUCGUGCACCCCCCGACCCCCACAGCCCAUCUCCAGAUGAAGGGCACUCAGAAGGGUCUCCACAUGCUGAGCAGGCCACACUGCGAGCCCUCCUCCAGGACAUCCUCCACACUCUGCCAGCUCUGGAAGCAGCCACACCAGCUGCCCCAGCGGGGGCCACACCAGCGCCGGUGCACUGUGGCAGGACCAAGGUGUUCAUGACUGACGCCACGCUGGAGCUUCUGGAACGUGGGCGCGCCCAGGUGCUGGAGCAGUGUGCCCGCUGCAUCCAGGCGGGAUGGAGGCGACACCGGCGCCGUGAGCAGGAGAGGCGGAGGCGGGCCGCCGUGUGCAUCCAGGCAGCCAUUCGUUCCUGGCUGACUCGGAAGCACAUCCAGAGGCUGCACGCGGCCGCCACGGUCAUCAAGCGCGCGUGGCGGCGGUGGGGAAUCAGAAUGGCCUUCCUUGCUUCUAAAGAACUGGAUGGUGUGGAAGAAAAACACUCAUCUCAAGCUCCUCGUUCCCCAAGCUCCUUCCCACCGCCCCUGGCACAGACCAAGCUCCUGCGGGCAGUAACCCACCUCUGGCCCCUGGGACUGGUCCUGGCCAACGCGGCUGUGGGUGUUCAUGGCUUUCCGAGGAAACUGGUGGUCUUUGCCUGCCUCCAGCUCCCUGUGGGCAGCCCCAGUGGCUACACUGUGCAGGCGCAGACAGCACAAGAACAAGCUGGUAUCAUGUCCAUCCGAGCACUGCCUCAGGUAAGCCGUGUGACGGGACAACGUCCUGCCACGACAGCUCCGGGUCCCUCACACCCCACUGUGGAGGGGUGGGGGGCAAAGCCUGCGAGUCCACAGCAGGAGCAGGACCGAGGCUGGGACAAGAGCCGUCCUAACCCUGCUGGCGAAACCAGAAGCCUGUGCCUCCCUGAUGGCUGCAGGUUGGACUGUUCCCAGCAUUACGACCAGGAGUUUCCCAGAGCCCUUUCACUUUUUAAAACUGCUUCUAUGUGUCUUAGUAUCACCUCUGUACCUUUACGUCAGUCCCACUUUCAAAAAAUUGGGGUUGUGAUGACAGCUUAUUUCCCUCCAAUGGCAGUGGAUUUGGUAUCAUGUUUUCCUCAAGUUAUAUUCCUUGGUUUAUCCUCUUCCAGCUGAGGAGAUGACAAGCAGGUGAGUCAGUGGUCUGAGUGCUGUGUUUUUAGGUUAUGGGCCACCAGGAAAAAGAGCCAGCCAGCACAGAAAAUGGGCUAAUACUCAAUCAACCUACUACAUGGGGCCACAGCAAGGAUUAAGUGACACUGGCAAGCCAGAAGGAAGGAAAUGUUGGAUUUCCUACGAGAGUGAUUCCUAUAGGACAUAAUCUGGAUGAAAUUUCCAAGACCACACACAGGCCAGCCAGAGCGUAAACAGAAGUGUAAUCUUUCAUCUUUCCAGCUCUGAGCCUUCAUAAGAAUAUGACAGGCGAUACUCCUAAUAGGGGAGCGAUCCCUCCUAGUGUCUCCUCAUCUGUCUGAGUGGGUGUGGAACUUUACAUUUUAAUACUGCUUUGGGCUCUGCCACUGUUUAAGAGUAAGGAGAAAAAACACUUAGUAACUCAAUCCUGCUACCGCUGUGACUCUCCCCAGUACCUAUGUGUCCCCACUCCCUACAUUUCUAGCAUUUGCUCUGGGAGGUACCUUUGGCCCUGGCACCCGUGGGAGCCGGGGUUAAGCUGCAUCUCUCUCCCCAGGGCUCGAUAAAGUUUCACUGCAGGAAGUCUCCACUACGCUAUGCUGAUAUCUGCCCUGAACCGCUGCCCAACAGUGCUACUGGCUUUAAUCAGAUCUUGCUGGAAAGACACAGGCUGGGCCACGUGUGAUCUCGUCUCACCUUCAUCCUCACCUGGCUGCGCCAUCCUUGGUGCCUUUGUUCCUGCAAGGCCUUUUCCUGCCAGCUGCCUUGCCAAAGACAUUUAAUCCACACACGGCUGCCAAACGACUCCCACAGUGACCCUGAGCACCCGUGGGAGAGCAAUGGCUCCAGCCUGCAGGCCAGCGGCUGUGCCCGUGAGCCCGGGGCUCUGAUCUACACCUCAAGCCCGGACAAAUGUCAGGGUUGGUAGUUACCAAACCAGGAUUAAAAAACGUCAGGGCUACAGAGAACUUCAUUUUACUACCUUCAGAGAUCCAACUCCACGGUGCUGGCCAUCACUACAGUGGGUACCCCCUCCCUCAAACCCAGUAGGCAAAGUCAGCUUGAAAUCAGCUCUAAAAUUUUGGCUGGAGGAAAUUUUGCAUUUUAGUUCCUUUAAAAGGAACAAAACCUUAACUAUUUAAAUAUUUGUUGAUUUAUUUAAUGUAAUUUCAAGCAAUUAUAUGCAAUUACAUUAUGAAUCAAGAAGGACGAGCAAUGCAAUGUACCACAGAACCACCACAUCUUAAUUUUACUUAGAAACACUGAGCAAGUUUUAAUUCAAGUGGGUGUAAAACUUGUCUUAACUGUACCAAAAAUAAAACAUUUAAAAAUAA